GCAGGACUAUAGCACAAAAGUCGACUUCAAGAGCCGGAUCGUUCGCGAACGACACACCACGAUCACCUAGUCUGGGUGUGUCCCGCCAAGGGAGCAGGUAGUGCUGCAUUUUGGGAUCAGCUCGGAGGACGAUGGUGCUGGUUGCCUUUCUGCUCUGCUUCUUGGGAUGUUGCGCGGCGCGGGACAUUUUGCCGCCAGGCCCAGUGGACGCCAUCGUGGGUAAGAACGUGACGCUAGGAACCCUGCUGGACCGGCCCACGUACUCCUUCAUCAUCUGGAACUUCAGCAACGGGCGCGAGCAGGUCAACGUCGCCACCUUGGGCCCCGCCGGUAUCAAAGUGAACGAGGCCUACCAGGGCCGCGUCGAUGUGGACCGGCAGAACGGCUCCCUGCGCCUGAGCGCGCUCACGACGGCCGACAGCGGAGACUUCAUCGUCAACAUCUUAAACGCGGAGGGCCAAACGGAGACCGGCGAUAUCCACCUGCGCGUCCUCGAACCCGUGUCCAGUGUGGCCAUCAGCUCCAACCUUCCCGAGGCGGUGGAGCACAACAGCACGGUGGUCCUGACCUGCUCCGCUAAAGGCUCCUUCCUCAAGUUCUCCUGGCUCAACAAGACCACGGCCAUCACGGCUGACGGCAAGCGCCUGGUGCUCAAAGACAGUGACACGUCCAGCGAGCUGACCAUCAAUGGCGUUCUCCGUACCGACCUGGUCGGACCCAUCUACUGCAUGGCUGCAAACAAGCUGGAGACGGAGAAGAGCGCCCCCUUUAACCUCACUGUCCACUACGGUCCAGACGACGUCACCCUCCUGCCGGCAGACGUGCCCCAGUUCAUCCGAGCCGGCUCCGACUUCAACCUGACGUGUGCGACGCGGUCCAGCCCGCCGGCCACCUUCACGUGGUACCGGAACCAGACCAUGAUGGAGUUCGGGCGAGCCGUCAUGCCGCUGGAGAUUGUGCAGAAGCACCCCCAGUGGGAGCGCAUGUCAGCGUACACGUGCAGAGCCUCCAACGCCAAGACGCAGCGCCAAGUCGCCUCCCGUGCCGUUUCCUUCGCCGUGAUGGAGCCGCUGUCGGGCGUGAAAGUGAGCGGCCCGAGUGCCGUGCUCAUGGCGGGAAACGGCUCAGCCAACCUCAGUUGCCGGGUGACGGAGGGCGCGGUGACGAGUGGGACGUGGCAGAAGGACGGGAAGCCGCUGGUGGCCGGCGGGCGUGUGACGCUCGCAGCCGACGGCAGCUCGGUGAGCAUCGCGCCGCUGCAGAAGGAGGACAACGGCGAGUACGAGUGUCGGCUCGCCAAUGCGGUCAGCGUCCAGAGAGCUUCGUACAAAAUGGUGGUCAACUUUGGCCCUGAGGCGGUGACGGUCAGCGGCAAGAACGCGGUGGAGGUGCGAGACGCCGUGACGCUCACGUGCUUGGCCGCCUCCAUCCCUGCCGCCAGUUUCACGUGGAAGUUCAACGGCACGCUGACCAACGUCAAAGCGGCCGCGUACGUCAUCGGCGAGGCCAUGUACAAGAACACGGGCGCGUACAUGUGCCAGGCGCACAACGCCGUCACCGGAAAGACCGCCACGUACACGCACAACCUGUCCGUCAAAGAGGAGGGCACGCUGGACGAAGGCCUGUCGGACGGCGCCAUCGCCGGAAUCGUCAUCGGCAUCCUGGCCGCCUUGGGCGUGGCCAUCGCCGUCAUCAUGUACUGCAGACAGAAAGUUCCGGUGGAGUCGCCGUACUAGUGAGCUGGGUACUGCAGGAGGUAGCAAACAACCCACCGCCACCCCCUCCCCAAACCCAACACCCACUCCCACCCCCCUCCUUUGGAUCCAGCUGGUUUCCGAGGAAAACAUCGAACUCGACUAAAGCGUGGAUCUCUCAGUUCAGCUUCAAGGCUGAACUCUCCUUGACUGUCCGUCAUGUGAUCUUUGUCCGUGCCUUCAUCACCUGACCACUCGCAGGCCCCGCCCACCACUUCCCCCGAGGGAAACUGCAAACACGCAAGACGCCGGGGAGGAAGUUAGUCCAAUCCGGUGUCGCCAUGAUGGACUUUGUCUGUCUGGAAACCCGAGGACACGCACGCACGCACAUGCACACACACACACACACACACGCACAUGCACACACACACACAUGCACACACACACACAUGCACACACACACGCUCAGUGACACUGUGGUGGGCGGAGUCCAGGCAGAAUGAAUUUUAAAUAUUUUUAUGCUCUUCCAGUUAAAGAGGUCAUCAUCGGUGAAUGAUGACAGUAAAAGUUCUUUCAAGGUCAUCGCUACAACGAGCGCACCUCUUUCUUGUCGUUCCACUUGGCGCCUGCGGGGGCAGGAGUGAGCGAGGUGACGCGUCGCUACGGCGACCUGCAGCCUGUUUGUUUUGAAAGGGGGAUGGGGGGUUCGUGCUAAGUGGGAAUGUUUCAGGACAAGACGAGACUCGCUGUGGGCGGCGACAUACUUUGACUUUUGGAGGGAGAAAACCUUCCAACGUAUUUGACAUGUUUGAUUUUUCCCUUUUUGCUUCGUCGGCAGGCUUCAAACCGCGUGCGUGCGUGCGUGCGUGAUGUCAGACCUGCACGUGCACUGAUCUCCAGUGAGAAAGUAUUUAUUGUUUACAAACUGGAGCUGAAGAUCGCGUUCGCUCGUCUUCAUGUAAAGAAGAGGUCACAUGAUUUGGAAACGCACGCUCAUCCAAAUUGGGAAACGUGUCAUUGCAGCCUUUGAAGGCUCCAUCGGGAUGUUCCUUGUGUGCGCACCUCGCUACUUUGUGAUGUUUUGAUGUCUUAACAUGACUUCCUGUUGCAGAAUUGGGAUUAAUAAAAGUAGAAAGGAAUGGUUUCUUUUUUUUUCUUUGACGCAAAAGACGACCAAUCACAGGGAGAAUGUGUGUGUGUGUGUGUGUGUGUGUGUGUGCGUGUGCACGUCCUCACCUCACCCCUCCUCCCUCGUGAACAAGUCAUCACAUGAAAACACGGCAACCAUCGCCCCCUGAAGGCACCACAGUAGUUGGAACCUGUUUGUCUGCUAUUGUUGGUGGCAACCAAGCAGGGAGUGUUUUCAGCCAAUCAGGAGGCAGCGGCAGGCAGGCUCAUGUUGCCUGUCUGUCAUCCAAUGCCCACGUGAUGUACCUGGCUGGGGGCGGGACCAGAGCCACUAAGAAGUUGUUGAGCAGGAAUGUCACUCCUUGGAUUGUUGCGUGGAAGACACACACACACGCACACACACACACAUUGGCAAAGGCUUUUGAUAAAGAAGGUGUGUGUUAUGAGUUUACCUUCCAACCCAAGGGUGUCCAAAGUGCACUGGUUUUUGUAAUGGCCCAAAUGUACAAUUAAACAAGAAAAUGGAAAAAACACGACAAUGAAGUGGAAAUAUUACAAGAUAAAGCCGUAAUAUUACAAGAA